CCUAGCGAGGUAGUAAUGACUCUUCCCUCCCCAGGGAGAGCCGGCGAGCAUUAAUAAAUCUCUAAGCCGAGGAGGAAACUCUGGCUGGGGCAGUGCGCGCGCGGCUCCGGCGGGGUGUUGCGUGGAACAGCGGCGCCCGAGCGGGUGGCGGCAGGAGCAGCCCAGCUAGCAAAACACAACUAGAGGCAACAAACCGAGGGGAGCCCUCUUCGUAAACACACUCCCCUCCUCGGCCACUUUACCCCUCGGGGGUCCCGUGCGCCUGCCUGCUUUGGAGCCGGAGAAGGCUCCGACUGCUAUGUAACGUCGAGGCUGCGGGAGGAGGAAAGAGUGAGGGAAGAAGAAGAGGUUGGGGCUAAGUUUGCGGCCACUUCGAUAGAGCCCUUGCCUGCUCCUUCCUGUAGCCUAGUUGGCCUAGGUGCCCUUGGUCUUCUCCAGCUCCCCUGCUGCUGCGCUUCCCGGCGAAAUGGUGACGAUGGAGGAGCUGCGGGAGAUGGACUGCAGCGUGCUCAAAAGGCUGAUGAACCGAGAUGAGAACGGCGGCAGCGCGGGCGGCAGCCACGGCGCGCUGGGGCUGCUGAGCACCGGCAAGUGCCUGCUGCUGGACUGCAGACCAUUCCUGGCUCACAGCGCGGGCUACAUCCGAGGCUCGGUUAAUGUGCGCUGCAACACCAUCGUGAGGCGGAGGGCCAAGGGCUCGGUGAGCUUGGAGCAGAUUCUACCCGCCGAAGAAGAAGUGCGCGCCCGCCUGCGCUCCGGCCUCUACUCGGCCGUCAUCGUCUACGACGAGCGUAGCCCGCGCGCCGAAAGCCUUCGCGAGGACAGCACUGUGUCGCUGGUCGUGCAGGCACUGCGCCGCAACGCCGAACGCACGGACAUCUGUCUGCUUAAAGGUGGCUACGAGAGGUUUUCCUCUGAGUACCCAGAAUUCUGCUCUAAAACCAAGACCCUGGCAGCCAUCCCACCACCUGUGCCCCCCAGUGCCACGGAGUCCUUGGACCUGGGCUGCAGCUCUUGUGGGACCCCACUGCACGACCAGGGGGGUCCUGUGGAGAUCCUCCCUUUCCUCUACCUCGGCAGUGCCUACCAUGCUGCCCGUAGGGACAUGCUUGACGCCCUGGGGAUCACGGCCUUGCUCAAUGUCUCCUCGGACUGCCCCAACCACUUUGAAGGACAUUACCAGUACAAGUGCAUCCCAGUAGAAGAUAACCACAAGGCUGACAUCAGCUCCUGGUUCAUGGAAGCCAUCGAGUACAUUGAUGCAGUGAAGGACUGCCGAGGCCGAGUGCUGGUUCACUGCCAGGCGGGCAUCUCCAGAUCAGCCACCAUCUGCCUAGCCUACUUGAUGAUGAAGAAACGUGUGCGGCUAGAGGAGGCUUUCGAGUUCGUCAAGCAGCGCAGAAGCAUCAUCUCGCCCAACUUCAGCUUCAUGGGGCAGUUGCUGCAGUUCGAGUCUCAGGUGCUCACCACAUCCUGCGCUGCUGAGGCUGCUAGCCCUUCUGGGCCCCUGCGGGAGAGGGGAAAGACCACGCCCACCCCCACCUCACAGUUUGUCUUCAGCUUCCCCGUGUCUGUGGGUGUGCACUCGGCCCCCAGUAGCCUGCCGUACUUGCACAGCCCUAUUACCACGUCCCCCAGCUGUUAGGGCUGGUCUCUGAACACCAAGUCCAGGCUUGGCCCCCAGCCAGGGAUGUACAAGCCACAUACUGGCAGCAAGUAGGAACUGACCAGUGGGGGGGGCAGGUGACCAUGUUCCACCCCCAUCCAUUUCUCUCUGGCUAACCACAGAGCCAGCUAGAAUGGCAAUAACGACUUUGAAUACACCUUAAUAGCAAACAAACAAAACACUCCAACCUAGAGCAAUAACGGCAGCAUCUGCGGCCAGGGAAGACAGGUUUAUGUGUCCGUUUUAUUUUGCAGGUAGAAAGGUAGAAAUUUACCUCAUUUUUUUUUUUUUUUAAAGCAGUAAGGCUUGAAGUUAUGAAAUCCAGAGAUCCUGGCAAGUGUGUUCAAUCAAUUUUAUUAAGUGGUGAGGGAAAGAGGAGAAAACAAGUUUGCUGGAAGUGCCUGGCUGAACAAGCGUUCUUCUAUUUACAGGAAUUUUGUUCUAGAUACAUCCAGGCCACAGUAUUCACUUCUAAUUAGUCACCAACUGGAUAAUUAUGCUUAAUGAAUAUUGGAGAACUUCAGGAUGUAUGAACAGGAGCCUGUGCCGUAGAUUUAGAAUGUUUUUCUGUUGGUCACAGUAGAGCACAGGAACACACAGGUGUGCUA